UUCUUUUACGCUCGGAUAUUUCCUUCGUUUCCCUGCCCUUCCCUUUCCUUUCCUCUCCUUUCGUCACUACCAAUGCCUCCCCUUCUUUCUUCUUCAUAACACAACAGCACUGCAGCAAACAAAACCCCAAACAGAAAAAAAAAACACUUUUUUUUUAAUUUCCUAUAGAUAUUAUACCCCACUUUCGAUUUACAACCAAAAACUUUGUGACAAUGGCGCACCAAAGUUCUGAUCGCUUAACCUCUGCUGACUCGGCAGAGGUAUCGGACGUUCUGGUUCUGGAUAGCGACAAUAGCCUUGCUAAUCCUAACACCUUGACUGAUAAGGAUUUGGUUACUGUUGGUUCCUUGAGGGAUGGUUCACAUCUUUCAGGGUUCAUGCCAUCUGUGGUUGGCUCUAAGACAACCUAUUUGUCCAAUGCCUAUUCUUCCGAGGCACAGUUCCAUCAUGAAGCUCAUAAACAGGGUUCAUUGCUUCCAUAUGUUAAUGCUGAGGGCUUGGAAAAUGGCUUUCAUGGCAUCUACAAUGAAACUGCAUCUCUUGGAUUUCAUGGUUUUAGGAAUAGCCCACAAAUGCCACAAAGACCUUAUACUCCUGCUUCUUCUCAUCUGCCUGCUGUUGCAGAUCCUAACCAGUUACCUAAUGCAAGGCAUUUCCCUACCUCAGAUUCAUCUUAUCACCAGUCAUCAGUUACCCGAAAUGUUCCACAUUUUACUUCAAAGGCCCAAUUUUCUCAUUUAGAGUUUCCUCUAAAUAUCGAGCAACAAUUGGUUGGAAAGAGAUUUGGGAUGAGACCGAAUUACCUUCCUCAAUCAGGAUCAUAUGGUGGAGGAAUCAACUUUGGAAGCUCUAGCAAUCUUUGCUCCUCAUACCAAUGGUUUGAUGGCUUUGGGGCUGGUGGAGUCUGCUCAGACUGGUCAAAGCCUUUUAGGGGGAAGAGUUCUUUGUUUCAUGUGUCGUACCCAGCAGCUUCUCCAAAACAAGUUGGUUCAUUAGAGUUUCCUUCAAACGACCAUGGAAUGGCUUCUUUUCAGAAAGGAUCAUUUAAUGGGUUUGGUUCUUGUUCUGGUUCCAGCUCUAGAGGCUACACUGGUAGCCAAAGUGAUCAAAGUUCUGGUCAUGGUAGUGUCUGCACUUCUAGUUUAGGAAUAAACGGUCAUAACUGGCCUACACUUGAUGAAGCAAGACAAGGAGGGAGCUGUAAUGACUUCUCCUGCAGUUGUACCGUAACACUUGACACACUAAGUGAGCGUAACAGGGGACCUAGGGCAUUUAAGCCUAAAAGUCAGACAACUACCAAACGAUCAUACAACCGACAAAAUUUUGUCACUGAUUAUGAUGGUGCAAAGUUCUUCGUGAUCAAAUCUUAUAGUGAAGAUAAUGUUCACAAAAGCAUAAAGUAUGGUGUCUGGGCAAGCACCCCAAUCGGCAACAAAAAAUUGGAUACUGCUUAUCAUGAGGCAAAAGCUAAACAAGGGAUAUUCCCUGUCUUUCUCUUAUUUUCGGUGAAUGCUAGUGCUCAGUUUUGUGGAGUGGCUGAGAUGGUGGGACCUGUUGACUUUGAUAAAAGCGUGGAUUAUUGGCUUCAGAAUAAGUGGUCUGGCCAAUUCCCAGUAAAGUGGCACAUUAUUAAAGAUGUCCCCAACAGUCAGUUCCGCCACAUUAUACUUGAAAGUAAUGACAAUAAGCCGGUUACUAACAGUAGAGACACUCAAGAGGUGGAACUGGAACAGGGUAUUGAGAUGUUGAACAUUUUUAGAAAUUAUGAAAGUCAUUCAUCUAUCCUAGAUGAUUUUUACUUCUAUGAAGAGCGGCAGAAAGCAAUGCAGGAAAGGAAGGCCAGACAGCUUGCUACCCCUGUGGCUUCUCCUGAUGAUUUAGUUCGUGAAUCGCCGAACCUCGCGUCACUUCCUAAUGAUUUCGUAAAGAAAAUGUCUAAGAGCUUUGCUGAAGCUCUUUUGUUAAAGGAGAAUGAGAAAGCAGGUGGAGCAACUGGAAAGGUGCUCUCCACUGCCUGUGAAGGCCUUGGUAGAUAACUGCAACAGCAAAUUCGGCCAAGAGUGAAACCAGCAUUAUCGGUAGGGAGUUAUAGUUUAUGCAUUUGGAAAUGUGAAUUUAAAUCCAACGCUACCUUCUUUAUUUGUUUAUUUGUUUAUUUGUUUAUUUGUUUAGUUUGGUGUCCCACAAGUAGUGAGGAGGCUCCCAGUUUGGGUUAAACUCGGUUUAUGGAUUGAAUUUGUUUUAGAUAUAUAGAUAGACUUGGUUCAUAUGUAUAUACAAUAUAUAUA